CCGCCGCUUUUCACCCAGGAUGCACCUGUCCAACAGAGCUGCCUGAGAAAAGCCAUUUUGUUGUGCUAGCUAGCCACAUGCUAAAGAAAGCCACCAACAAAACAUGGAUCUGUUGUGUCACCGCUGAAUGUGUCGCCGUUAUGUGUUGCUGUACUGUCGCAAAACACAAUAACUGAACUCGCUAAAACGUGUAAGUAGCGGAGCCUAGCAUGGACUAGCCGGUGAAGCUAAAGGGGGCUACAGUUUCAGAUAACACAACUGCUAGCUUGUUUAUGUAGCUGACCGCAGUUAUGUUUUCUGUUUAAUUAACCCUACGUUAGUCCGAGGUAGUUUGCGAGUGCGUGUUGAGCCGACUGCGAGUGUCCGAGCCGUCCGACCACCGCUCCCACGGCAGGGACCGUGCUGUGUCAGAGGAAGACCCCGCAGUUACUUAGCAUAACACUUGGACCCACACAGCGUUAAGCCAUAGCGCUAAUCUGAUAAUGGCAGAGGACACUCGACAGGACAAGAGAGCCAGCUUCUCUGCCAUAACAGAGCACAACACCAACGGGAUGGGCCGGACCUCCGCCGUGGCCUCAGGCAAAAGUGGUGCCUCAAAGAAGUUAGUGAUCAAAAAUUUCAAAGACAGGCCAAAACUAGCAGAGAACUACACUGAAGACACAUGGCUGAAGCUACGAGAUGCGGUGGGAGCCAUUCAGAACAGCACCUCUAUAAAGUACAACCUGGAGGAGCUCUAUCAGGCGGUGGAGAACCUGUGUUCCUAUAAAGUCUCCCCCACGCUAUACAAGCAGCUCCGGCAGGUCUGUGAAGAUCAUGUGCAAGCCCAGAUCUACCAGUUCAGAGAAGAGUCUUUGGACAACCUUUCCUUCCUUAAGCGAAUGAAUCGCUGCUGGCAGGACCACUGCAGACAAACUAUAAUGAUCCGAAGUAUCUUUCUCUUCCUGGAUCGUACCUACGUGCUUCAGAAUUCUCUCCUCCCCUCCAUAUGGGACACUGGCUUGGAGCUGUUCCGUACCCACAUUGUGAGUGACAGUGCAGUGCAGAAGCGGACCGUCGAUGGCAUUUUGGAGCAGGUAGAACAGGAGCGGAACGGGGAGACAGUGGAUCGUAGUCUGCUCAGGAGCCUAUUGGGCAUGUUGUCAGACCUGCAGGUUUACAAAGAUUCCUUUGAAGAGAGAUUUUUGAUUGAGACCAAUCGUCUUUACGCAGCAGAGGGUCAGCGGCUGAUGCAGGAGAGAGAUGUGCCUGAGUAUCUGCAUCAUGUGGCUCGUCGGUUAGAGGAGGAGAAUGAUCGUAUCUUGAGCUACCUCGACCAGAGCACUCAGAAACCUCUAAUUAGCUGUGUUGAGAAACAACUUUUAGGAGAACAUAUGACUUCAAUGCUACAAAAGGGUCUGAGCACCCUGCUGGAUGAGAAUCGUGUGACUGAGCUGGCCCUCCUCUACCAGCUCUUCAGCAAGGUGAAGGGGGGACUUCCCACACUGCUGCAGUUCUGGAGGGAUUAUAUCAAGACCUUCGGUGGAGAGAUUGUGUGCACUCCAGAGAAAGACAAGGACAUGGUGCAAGAGCUGCUGGACUUUAAGGACAAGAUGGACAACGUGGCACAGAGCUGCUUCACGAGGAGCGAGGGAUUCAUCAACGCCAUGAAGGAAGCCUUUGAGACUUUUAUCAACAAGAGGCCGAACAAACCUGCAGAACUCAUUGCUAAAUAUGUGGAUUCUAAGUUAAGAGCAGGGAACAAGGAGGCUACAGAGGAGGAGCUGGAGAGAAUCCUGGACAAGAUAAUGAUAAUCUUCCGUUUCAUUCAUGGUAAAGACGUGUUUGAAGCUUUUUAUAAGAAGGACUUGGCCAAACGCCUGCUUGUCGGCAAGAGUGCUUCUGUAGAUGCUGAAAAGUCCAUGCUCUCCAAACUCAAGCACGAAUGCGGAGCAGCAUUCACCAGUAAGCUUGAGGGGAUGUUUAAGGACAUGGAGCUGUCCAAAGACAUCAUGAUCCAGUUCAAACAGUAUAUGCAGAACCAGAGUGAACCCAGCAACAUAGAACUUACAGUUAACAUCCUCACGAUGGGCUACUGGCCGUCAUACACGCCCAUGGAGGUCCACUUGCCCCCAGAGAUGGUCAAACUCCAGGAGGUGUUCAAGCUGUUCUACCUGGGGAAGCACAGUGGGAGGAAGCUGCAGUGGCAGCCAACCCUGGGUCACGCUGUAUUAAAGGCAGAGUUUAAAGAGGGCAAAAAGGAGCUGCAGGUCUCCCUGUUCCAGACUCUGGUGCUGCUGAUGUUUAAUGAGGGAGAGGAGUUCAGCAUUGAUGAGAUUCGCACUGCGACCGGCAUAGAGGAGGGAGAGCUCAAGCGUACACUGCAGUCCCUGGCCUGCGGAAAAGCUCGAGUCCUUAACAAGAACCCUCGAGGGAAAGAUGUGGAGGACGGAGACCGCUUUAAUUUCAACAAUGAUUUUAAACACAAACUGUUCCGCAUCAAGAUCAACCAGAUCCAGAUGAAGGAGACGGUAGAGGAGCAGGUGAGCACAACAGAACGUGUGUUUCAAGACCGACAGUAUCAGAUUGAUGCGGCUGUUGUCCGCAUCAUGAAGAUGAGGAAGACCCUGAGUCACAACCUCCUCGUAUCAGAGCUCUACAACCAGCUGAAGUUCCCUGUUAAGCCGGGCGAUCUUAAGAAGCGCAUUGAGUCGCUCAUAGACAGAGACUACAUGGAACGUGACAAGGAGACUCCAAACCAGUACCACUAUGUUGCCUAAAGGGGGCUCUACUGUCACUGCCAUGCUUCUCUCACAGCAUGCGGACAGCUGCCCCCCCACAAAACAGCAUUACAGCCCUUCAGCCACCCGACUCUCCUCUGGUGCCCACCGUUCCCUCCAUCCACAGUCCUGGACACAGCGUCCAGAUCACACAGAGCUCCAGUGAGAUGAGAGACACUUGGCUGUUCAGUUCCCACCCUGCGAUAUCUUUUUGUGGGACUGUGAGACGGGGCUGGAGGAGCGGCCCAGGUUGUUGAUGGUUGGUUUAUGUGACUUACAAAUCUGCUAAUGCAAAACUCAACUGAAAAUAACGAGCACUUUCCUCUGUUUUUGUUUUGUUUUUUCCUCCUCCGGGUUGGGAUUUUUGUUCCCCCGCAUCCCUUUUGUUCUAAAAAUCGCUUAUUUUCUACUGUAGUUGGUUUGUUAUGAGUUUAAAGAAUUUUUUUUUUUUUUUUGUUGGUUUUUAAUUUCUGUUCAAGGUUUUCUCCACAUGAAUGGCUGCAUACAGUGCUGAGUGUAAAUCUGAUUGGUUGGUUGCGUGAUUUGGCAGAGAAGCAGCUGUUGAGGACAUGAGACGUGAGGAUGGAUGAAGGGGUCCAGAGGGGCUGGGUCAGAUGAGGCAGGGGAAGACGGGGGGGGUUAUAACUUGUAACACAGAUGCUAAAUGAUUUGCAGACAAGCCACUUGGGUAUGUCUUUGGGUUUCUUGUAUGUUUUGACCAAAAUGUCCAAAUGUCCAAUGUCAUGUGCUGAUGUUUUUGUAGAUCAGAUUGUAUUCUAUGUACGAGUGAGAAAAGUGAACUUGAAUAAAUGGAUAUUUAAUGAU